AUGUACAACAACAGUGCUAACGCUGCUGAGACUAAGUGCAAUGCCACUAAUGUGACAUUUCAGUCCACUCUCUAUGCAACCACCUACAUCCUCAUAUUUAUCCCUGGUCUUCUGGCUAACAGUGCGGCCUUGUGGGUUCUGUGCCGCUUCAUCAGCAAGAAAAAUAAAGCCAUCAUUUUCAUGAUCAACCUCUCUGUGGCUGACCUAGCUCAUGUGCUCUCCUUACCCCUCCGGAUUUACUACUACAUCAGCCACCAGUGGCCUUUCCAGAGGACCCUUUGCCUGCUGUGCUUCUACCUGAAAUAUCUCAACAUGUACGCCAGCAUUUGCUUCCUGACCUGCAUCAGCCUUCAGAGGUGCUUCUUUCUCCUCAAGCCCUUCAGGGCCAGAGUCUGGAAGCGUAGGUAUGAUGUGGGCAUCAGUGCUGUCAUCUGGGUCAUUGUGGGCACUGCCUGUUUGCCAUUUCCCAUCUACAGAAGCACAGACUUAGCCAACAAUACUGAAUUCUGCUUUGCUGAUCUUGGAUAUAAGAAAAUGAAUCCAGUGUCUCUUGUUGGGAUGAUCACAGUUGCUGAGCUAGCAGGAUUUGUGAUUCCAGUCAUCAUCAUCACAUGGUGUACCUGGAAAACCACCAUAUCCUUGAGACAGCCAAUGGCUUUCCAGGGAAUCAGUGAGAGGCAGAAAGCAUUGCGUAUGGUUUUCAUGUGUGCUGCAGUCUUCUUCAUAUGCUUCACUCCCUAUCAUAUUAACUUUAUUUUUUACGCCAUGGCAAAAGAAGAUAUUAUUAGCAGUUGUUCCAUUGUCAAAAGCACGCUGUAUUUUCACCCUUUUUGUCUAUGCCUUGCAAGUCUUUGCUGCCUUUUGGAUCCAAUUCUCUAUUAUUUCAUGGCCUCAGAGUUUCGUGACCAACUCUCCCGCCAUAGCAGUUCUGUGACCCGUUCCCGCCUCAUGAGCAGGGAGAGUGGUUCAUCAAUGAUUGGUUAA